UGCAUAAUUUUUUGAUAUCAAACUAUCUUUCAAAGGAAAUUUUGAACUUAAAAAAUAUUAUAAAAAAUGAAAACCUAAGAAAAAGAAUUAAAAGAGCACAAAAGGAUAUACAUAUCGAAGAUAAAUCAAAAUGUUCCAUUCCAAACUCUACUGACGACUACAUUGAAAUGUUAUUGCUUACCGGUUUUUCGCAGUACAAACCAUGGCUAAAAAGAUUUUUAGACUUGGAUGAAGGUAUCCACGGAACCAAAAAUCGUUUUGAGAGGUCUCUAGAUCUUAUUCCGCCGAAAAACACAGCAUACGAUGACUACGAUUACGGAGAUUUUACCGGCUAUGCAUAUGAAGGUGGUCAAUUGCCGAGCAAUAAUUACAUCCUUAAGCCUUCAGAGGGGAUUAUGCCUAAAAUAAUCUUAAAAGAAAAUAUUGGUUUAGCUGUAUAUAAAAAUAGUAAAAACGGAUAUGAAAACACUCAGAGAGCUUACAAAUCUUAUGACGUUGCACCUUUAGAGCGUUUAAACCGAUCCACCAAAUCAGAAAAAAGAAAUAAAUUUUAAGGACAUAACGGAUAUUGCAUUAACAACUUUGGCAUUUCUAUCGUUUGGGAUGUUUACUUUACAACUGCUAAUGUGCAUU